AUGUGUUCUCUUGGAAAUCGCCAAAGCGUUCAUGGCAUCUUGUUUAAUGGAUCGUUUGCGUCUUUUUGGUGCUUUGAUCGGGGGGGAGGGGUUUUCACUCAUGAAUGCAAUAUCGAUCGCGAUUUUCCCGACCUCAUACGCUGCCUCAUGUCUCUCUGUCUGGCUAACAACACGGAGCUGGGACUCGAACCAAUGUUUCAGCAAUCAGGCGUUAAAGAUGUUGAACUUUUUGGGUCUGUGCUGCAACGUUAUCUCGUUGUUCAGCGUUCUCUGUUCACUAUCUCCAAGACGCUGCACAUUACAUCAGAGCUAGAUGGCCGUGGAACCACUGUAUUCAAGGUGAUUACUGCCCCCGACGGGCGAACAACCGAUGAAGUGACGGAGGCGGGGGAGGAAACCGUGAUCCCAGAAGCAGCGGUGAUUAAGUUUUCAUGGCAAUCGACCUCGCAAGCCUUGGAGAUCGCUUUAUUCCGUCGCGCUCAGGAGUUCAAUGUUGAAGGAAUAGCAACGCUUUACAGGUACAGUUCUCCGCGAAAACUUUCAGAUGGGCAUCGGAAACAACUCGGUCUGAAGGUUGGUAUUGAUUAUGUCGACCGAGAACUGCACGUUCAAGUGACAGGUCCAGUUUGCAUCCCACUGUAUCGAGUGGUUGAUGAAGAUGAUUUUGCGGCUGCAUUCAAAUCCUUGAUUUCCGCACACCAUAGCUUGUAUAAGAAAGCAGGCAUUCUCCAUCGGGAUAUAAGUAUCAAUAACCUGAUGGUGGACGAGACCAACCCUCAACGUGGCGUCCUAAUUGACCUGGAUCUCGCUAUCCAAGUCCGAGACGGGGAAAGAGUGUUGGGUAUCAGGCCAUCCACUGUUGGGACUUACCCUUUCCUUGCUCUCGAUCUCUUCCGGGACGAACCCCUGACGCAGAGAUGGUAUCGCCACGAUCUAGAAUCCUUCCUCUACGUCCUGGCCUGGAUUCUAUCCCGCUUUGACGAGGACGGAAAUGAAGUCCACCAAACUGCCGCAUUCGAUGAUUGGAUAUUUGGCGAAAAGAAGUACAUAUUUCUAGCCAAACGCGGGUUUCUGAGAGAAGCGGAGCGAUUCAGACCUGUUCGUUUCAGCAGACUACAAAAAAGCUGGAUGCCUGAACUGGGAGCCCUGUUCUACAGUGGCUAUAAUUUCAGAGCGAAGUGCAUUGCUGGCCUUGUCCCUUAUGAGGACGAGACGCUCGGAGGGUUUGUUACAUUCGAGACCGUCAUGGAGCAACUCCAGAAACCCCUUCCCGAGCCUGAGAUUGACGCUACAGUUCAGCUGGUGCCAGAGCCAGGGACGAUAAUUUCUUUCAAUGUUCCAGAAAGACCGCCUCCUGCGCACCCUGGGACAAUAACAGCUAACAUUUCAGUGACCGGAUUAACACCAUGGGAAAUCUACGAUCGAUUCGACGAUGGGCUUAAAGCAGCUCUUGCAUCCAAGGAUCUGACGGAUGUGAAUGAUGCUUUGGCAAAGUUCUCAGUUCCCGAAGCGGAGAAGAUCGUCGAAUUGUUGCAGUGUUCAGAAAUUCUACGGGUGGAAGAUAGCACUCACGACGAGCGAUAAGCGGACCAUUUGUUCGUGAUCUGUGAUUCAAGAGGUGUUAUUUUGAUAUCGAAGUGCUUUGUAAUGCGGUCCCUUCGAUCGAAACACCACCGUUUGACUGGAUUGGCACCAAAUAAAAGAUAUUACAUAUAUAAUACUUCAUAUACAAGUCGCCCCAUAAGAUUACGAGUAGCUGGAUGUUAUUUGAGCAGUCCAGCGCUAUUCGCGGCGCCAGUAAGACACUCCCGGAAAGUUCUGUAUGAAAUGAUGUUGUCCGCCACGGGGUUGGAUCGCGCCUG